AUGCAGAGCAAGGCCCUAACUCUCCUUGAUUCUAUGGAGGCUGAGGGAUUUGAGGAAGCUGCAGAAGAAAAGUUGAAAGCUGGCAGAGGUUUAAGAAAAGAAACUCUCUCCAUAACAAAAGUGCACAAUGAGGCAACAAAUGGGGAUGUAGAUGCUGCAGUGAGUUAUCUGGAAGAUCUAGCUAAGGUGUUCAGCUCACCCUUCCCUGUCUGUACCUGUGGAUACAAAGGUAUCCUCUCUUGCCCUCGCAUCAGCUUGACAACUGUGCUGGUAACCACAUGGGAAAUAAUCCUCAGAGACAAGCCUUCCUGCACCAGAGCCUACAAGAGAGAUACAAAUGAGACCAGGGCCAUAAACUGUAGUGACGAGACAAUAUCCUGGGACUCCAGACCUGAUCGGAAUCCCGCCCUUCAGAUCGAUCCAGUGGCCAUCACUCAUGAUGGAUAUUACAGGUGUGAAGUGGUCACAACUCAUAGGCAUUUCUAUCAUGGAUAUCACCUGACAGUGUUAGUGCCCCCCGAGGUGACGCUGUUUCAACUUGAGAAUGAAACUAUCGUGUGUAGGGCAGCUGCAGGGAAGCCAGCGGCACAGAUCUCCUGGACCCCAGGGGGAGAUUGUCACACCGUGGAAGAGCCACUGGGCAGUGACACAGUGACCGUCCAGAGUUCGUGCCGCUGGGAGGACCACCGGGUGUCUAAGGUGUCCUGUUCUGUGUCCCAUCUGACUGGCAACAGGAAUCUGUCCAUAGAGCAGAAUUCUGUUAGUAAUUUCAGCUUUUGUAUGAAGUUUUCAUUAUAUCAGAGAAGCUAUGGAAGAAUGAAAAAGGAGUGUAUGGUCAAUUUCACUCAAGGAUAAUCUCCCCAGCCUCUCUUUUAUGUCCUUCUCCACCAUUAUGAGUUAUGUCCAGAAGAAUAAUGCAGAAUUUGGUUUAAGAAGCCAUAUUUUAAACGAUGUUUACUUUUUAAUAAUUAUAAUAAACAUGAUUUAAUAAUUUAAGUGUAUACUUCUAUACAAGCAGUAAGCUGGCUUGAGUAGUGUACCUUUAAAUUAAUUCUUAUGGUUUUAGGAAAAGG